CCCCCGCUUGUCGCCCCCACCCCCACCUCGGCCAAGAUGGCAGCGCCCUGAGGAGUCCACGGCACCUCCGGCACGUGGACGCGACCUUUCUCGCUCUUCUCUCUCUCUCCUCUCUUCUCCUUCAGCGUCGCGGCCAAAGUCGUCCCCACCACCACCAAGUACUCGCGCCGCUCCGCUUUUCUCCCCACGGUCGCGAUCACCGCGCUCUCAUCCUUCCAUCGCCCGCCAUGGCCGCUUUGCUGCCCGUGAUCUCCGCCGGUGGCGGGCGAGCGGCGUGCGCGGCGUCCUUCUGCAGGCCCCGGCUUGCGAUUGCGCUGAUGCAGAUCCGAGGACGCAAGUCCCGGGGCGAUCCCAAAGCCAAGUCGAAGGCCGAGCACGUGCGACAGCCCACGCCCGUGGACGUGGAGGAGAUGAUGGUGCUCAGUGACCGCUACGAGCAGUACCGAUUCGUCUUCGCCGCUCUACGGCGCGAGUUUCGUAAAGAUUUAAUCGUGAAGAAACGAGAGCUGUCUUUGGGUCUGCGGGCUGAGGAGCGUGCUGUCCAAGAGGCGGAGGAGCAACGACAGCUGCUGGAGUGGAACAACGCGGAGAAUGAACGCCUCCGACUGAUCAGGGAAGAGCGAUAUCGUAGCGAAGUCCUUCUUAAGGAGAAGAGCAAGCAACAAGUGGCAUCGAAGAUUUUUGAACUUGAGGUGAAGAAGAAAGAAGAGAGGGAAGAAAUUGUGCGGAGGCUAAAGGAAGAGGUGAAGAACUUCAUCACCCUUGAGAACCUGGAUGCACGGAUCGACGCUGCCAUCGAUAACCCCAAGAACUUCAACUUUGCUGUAGACAAGGAAGGCAGGAUCGUUAAACGCACAGCGGUGCACUUGCAGGAGGAGGUCAAGAAGCGGGACUCGGCCGUUUAAUGAACAACUUUACUGCAAUUGUUCUCUGGCAGAUCCUUCCAGUACAAAUGUAUAAUUAUAAGUAAGGUUUUCGUUUUUUACUCCAGCCAUUUGUAAUCCACCAGUGGAUGAAGGCCUCCCCAUGCCUUGUCUGUGAUGGAAGUUCACCACGAUUGGUCAGUGCUGGUUGAUGAAGCGACCGUUGGGGAGGGCAGUACCGUAUCAGAUGUCACUUGCCAUUGAUGUUAGCUCUGGCCAGGAAUCGAACUUGGGUCCCCUGAUUCAUAGCAGAGGGUGCUAACCACUGUGCUACCGUUUCACACAGAAUAAUUAUACGUGGUAUAAUGGGCAGGGGUGUUGGGUAGGUGUGUAACGAUGCACAGGUUCAUCGAUUCAAUGUUGAUUUUCAUGUUCACUACACACAGACGAACCGUGCGCUUUAGAAUGUAUGAUUGGCAAUUCCUGUCUUGUCAGAAUACUGCACGUGAUCCUGUGUAGCCUCCAGAGGUGCUAAGUUCACAAUGUAAAUAAAAAGGGUUAAAUUCCUUAAUCGAAUCCUGCUUUGUGGUAAGGCAUGACACCGUUCAUACAUGAUCUGUUCACUGCUGGAUGAAGGCCUCACCAAGCCGUCUCUUAAUAGGCGUGCGAUGUAACAGCACACGAACUGAUGCCAUCGUGCUCUCAGACAUGUGUUCUCUCCUUUGGCUGCCAUUUCUAAUCUGUUCUCCAAGGAGGAACACAUAUUUCUUGGGAAGAGUGACUAAAAAAAUGGAUCCGUUUUUUCGGCCAGUAAAUGCCAAUUGUGCUGUUUAAUCACAUCCUGAGAGAGAAUCAAUUCGGAAAUCUCGUAAAUGCAGUGAAUGUCCUCGGUAGAGAUUUUAUCGAAGUAGGGGUUGCACCUUUCUUGGCACUGCUACGAGAUGGCUUUAUUUCUUUGAUAGUCAAACCAGUAUUUUGACUUCACCGACCUGAGAAUUAUGCCAAAUAAAUGUAAAUGCCCAAUAUAUAUUGUGUCAAAUGUUCCCAUAAAGGCAUUGAGAGCUGGCCUGAGACCAUCAACUCUCCCCUCGGGUGCACUCGAGAACUCUGCUUAAUCACAGGCUGUUGCCAGGACUCAAAACCCAUGGUCUCAACGCUUGUCGCCUCUGACCUCAGCCACCCGGCCAUUUCAGAGCGAGUCCUUGACUUGAAAUGUUAUUGACUACCCGAUUAUGAUAAUUACGAUAAUUUAUGUGCAUUUAGUGUGUUCUCUUGGUGGGGGGGGGGGGGGGGGGGGUGAGUUGAAUGUUGUAUAAACAUUGAAUUAAAAUGUCCUGUAUUUUAAAAUGUAGUUUCCAUUUUCCUUUAAUAGCUGAAGUAAUUUGUGUUGCUGUUGGACAGUUUUGGAAUUUAAAAGAUAAAUAGAGUUUGUUGCACUUCGCACUGUGGAUAGCGGUGUGUGAUAUUGUGCUUGCCAUUUUGCGUGCCCCAAUAACGAUGCGUGUGAACUUGCCAACACGUUUGUGUGGUUUGUACAAAUCGCCAGGAUAGUUGUGGAGAAUAUCCUUUCUGCGUUUCCACACUAUCACACUUGUUGCAGUCCAUUCGUUGACAAUUAUUGGCAAAAAAUGUAAGCGUUUAUAGAGCGUGGAUGCGCCCCACUUUGACAUUAUGAGAAAGAAAACUCGCAGGCCCUUUCCGUCGUGCCAGGAAUAUUUUACGCGUAUAUUUUUUUUGCGCCUUGUGCAGCGUCGUUUUAUAUUUUGUAGAAGAUAUUGCGUACAAUAGCAAGGGUGGAUGGAAUCGGGGUUGUGGAGGUGUUGUAAUGGCUGUCUCUGUUGGGCAAGGUUAGCUGUAAGUGUACCCUUAAAAGUGUUUUGCUUUGUUCAUGAGCAUGGCUUGAGCUCUUUCAAAAUGUGGUGGCUAAAAUAAGCCAUGCAAUACGUGUGCGACUUCAUGGCACGUCACUGAUGUGUGGCGGUUUUAUGUUUGCGAGUAAAAAGGGGAGAGAAAAAUGUUUUUGAAAUUGAAAUCCUAAAGGGUUUUUUUUACUUGUCAACUAAAUAGCUGUGCUGAAAUCAGGGAAAUGUUGCAUUCUUACAGAAUGCUCUUCCCUAAAGCCUUUUUUCCACAUAGACCGCAGCAGACAUUUUCCAUCAUGAAAUAAAUGGAAUGUACAUUCA